AUGUCUGAUCAAAAUAUUCAUCCAAAGAAAUACGAUGAAUUGCGAAGUAACUAUAAAUACUACAUUGAUUCUUUUAAUGCUUUGUAUCAGCUGAAUGCAGAAAAUGAAGAAGAAAUAAACUCGAUUUACAAAAAGAUCAAGACAGAGUUGAUUGAUUCAAUGAAAUAUCUUCCGCAAAAUAUAAUCAGAGAUAUUUUCGAUAUUGUUGCUUAUAAUAAUCGCUAUCUAAAGUCAUAUUUAACUCUUGCCAAACUCAUAUUUGAUGAUUAUCAUGUCAAAGAUGUCGACACUCUUAACAUUCUUCCAAAGUACUUGUUUUAUAAAGAAUAUGGAAUUAAAUUAGGCCACCCUAUUUAUAUCGAAGAAAUUAAAUUUGAUAAUCUCGAAAUUUGUUCAGAAAAUACAAUUUUCAGAGCAAUUAUGUAUGACAACAAAGAAAGCUUCAUACACUUUAUGGAAGUGGGUGAAUUUGAUGAAACACAAAUACUUCGAAGCGAUUUAUAUCCAUAUUCUGAAGAAGGAUAUUCAUUGCUUGAAUUAUGUUGUUACAAUGGAUCUGUUGAUUGUUUCAAAUUGUUGCGAACGAAAUUUAAAUCACCAAUAACUCAAAAAUGUUUAGAAUUUUCAUUUUUAGGAGGAAAUCCAGAAAUCAUGAGCGAGUGUUUGAAAUAUCAAAAACCAGAUGAAUUUACAAUGAAACAUGCAAUUAUUUCACACAAUAUUGAUUUUGUUUCAUUCUUGAUGAAUGAACACAAUAUAGAUAUCGAUUUAUCUAUUUGCGCAAAAUAUAAAAAUCUCGAAUCAUUUUUAGUUUAUUUCGAUCAAACUAAUGGUAUUGACAAAUGUUUUGUUUAUUCAAUUAUGUUCAAUAUUCCAUCCAUUUUAGAAUAUUUCUUUUCACAAGGUGCAAAUAUUAAUGAAAAAGAUGAAAAUGGGGAAACAGCUCUCCAUAAUGCAACAAUAGAAAAUAACGAAGAAACAGUUGAAUUUCUUAUCACACACGGUGCAAAUAUCAAUGAAAAAAAUGAAAAUGAAGAAACCGCUCUUCAUUAUGCAGCAACAAACAAUUGUACACAAAUAGCAGAAUUUCUUAUUUUACAUGGAGCAAAUAUUAAUGAAAAAGAUAAAAAAGGAAAAACCGCACUGCAUAAUGCAUCAAUUUGGAAUUGUAAAGAAACAGCUGAUCUUCUUAUUUUACUUGGUGCAAAUAUAGAUGAAAAAGAUGAUAAUGACCAAACAGAUCUUCAUUAUGCAAUCGAAACUAUUAGUAAAGAAACAAUCGAAUUUCUUAUUUCAUAA